UCCGAGGGGACGGUUGUGGAGCAGGCCUGGCAUCCCGCGUCGCGGCGCCUCCCGCCGGACCGCGUCUCUUCUCUCUGUCGGGUCCGGGGAAGAGCGAGCCCGAACCCGCGCCGGACGGGAGGGCCGGACCUGAGAGAAUUCCCUGAGCUGGUGGUGUCAGGUGUCAUAAACACUGAAGAUCCCACCAGGAGCUGACAGUCAGCACGAUGGCAGAUGAGGCCUUGGCUGGAUUGGACGAGGGAGCCCUCCGGAAACUGCUGGAAGUCACAGCAGAUCUGGCAGAGCGGCGGCGCAUCCGCUCGGCCAUCCGGGAGCUGCAGAGGCAGGAGCUGGAGAGAGAAGAGGAGGCUCUGGCCUCCAAACGCUUCCGGGCAGAGCGGCAGGACAACAAGGAGAACUGGCUACACUCUCAACAGAGGGAAGCCGAGCAGCGGGCCGCCCUGUCACGGUUGGCAGGGCGGCUGGAGUCCAUGAAUGAUGUGGAGGAGUUGACCACACUGCUGCGCAGUGCUGCUGAGUACGAGGAGCGCAAGCUGAUCCGAGCUGCCAUCCGCCGCAUCCGGGCUCAGGAGAUUGAGGCUGCCACCGUGGCCGGAAGACUGUGCAGUGGACGUCCCACCAGUGGCUCCCGGGAGGACAGCAAAGGACGGGCAGCGCACAGAUUGGACCGGUGUGAAGUGCUAAAGCGCGAGGAGCGGGAACAGCAGACAGAGCUCUCAGAGCCCAAGCCAAGCCCUGAGAACACCAGCCAGGAUGUGACCACAGUGACACUCCUGCUGAGGACCCCACCUGAGGGCACGCCCAGCUUACCUGCCUCACCCACCACGGCUUCUCCCGAGCCUCUGCUAGAGCCUGCCGGAGCCCAGUGUCCCCCUGCCGAGGCGCCAGGCAGUCCUGAGCCGCCUCCCAGCCCCCCAGGAGCUCCCAGCCCUGAGCCUCCUGUGCCACCAGCCUCCGCCGGGUCUGAGAGGCAGGUAACCAACCAGCUCCUGCCUGAGUCCACAGAGGCCCCUGCUGCCCCAGGCCCCACCAGAGGUCCCUGCAACACAAAGAGAGCAGAUCUGGCUGGAACCCCGUCCUGCCAGCGCUCCCUGUCCGUGCUCAGCCCCCGACAGCCAGCCCAGAAUCAAGCAUCCACCCCCCUUGCCGGUGGUUCCUCUCCAUUCCUUCGGAGUGGCUCCAUACAAGACCGCGUCCGCAAGUUUGCACCUGACUCUCCCAUGGCUGCCAGGCUCCAGGAUGGCCCAUCCCGGGCAGCCCUUGCUUCCCGGACCCCCACAAGGCUCCUGGGUCCCUCUCUCAUCAGCACUACCCCUGCCUCCUCCUCCUCCAGCAGCUCCUCCUCUCGAGGUCCCAGUGACACUUCCUCCCGGUUCAGCAAGGAGCAGAGAGGAACAGCUCAGCCCCUGGCCCAGCUUCAGAGCUGCCCUGGAGAGGAGGGCCCCAGGGGGCGGGACUUGGCUGCUGGGUCCCUUGAAAACAGAGCAGGGGGGCCCAGAGCCUGUUCAGAGGAGCCCAGUGCCCUGCUGCCUGUGGCUGUCGGCACAGCAGAGCCAGGGGGCAGUAUGAAGACCACAUUCACCAUCGAGAUCAAGGAUGGCCGUGGCCAGGCCUCCACGGGCCGGGUGCUGCUGCCCACAGGCAGCCAGAGGGCAGAGCUGACACUGGGGCUACGGACACCCCCUACCCUGCUCAGCACCAGCAGUGGGAGUAAGAACACCGUCACCCGUGUCAGCAGCCCUGGAGCCCUGACCCGGCUGGGCAGUGUCACUCAUGUCACCACCUUCAGCCCUGCCACCCCCGGCAGCCGAGGAGGCUGCAGCAUUAAGAUGGAGCCGGAGCCAGCAGAGCCCGCCUCUGCCGCCGUGGAAGCAGCUAAUGGCGCCGAGCAGACACCAGAGGCACGGAGCCCGCUGAGCGCCGCGGAGCUGACGGCCAUCGAGGAUGAAGGAGUCCUGGACAAGAUGCUGGAUCAGACCACAAACUUUGAGGAACGGAAGCUCAUCCGGGCCGCACUGCGUGAGCUCCGGCAAAAAAAGAGAGACCAGCGGGACAAGGAGCGGGAACGGCGACUGCAGGAGGCACGGGCUCGGCCAGGAGAAGGCAGAAAAAACACCACCACCGAGACCACCACAAGGCAAAGUCAGCGGGCAGCCGAUGGCUCGACGGUCAGCACUAUCACCAAGACUGAACGGCUCGUCCAUUCCAAUGAUGGCACCCGGUCAGCCCGCACCACCACCGUGGAGUCAAGUUUCGUGAGACGCUCAGAGAAUGGCGGCGGCAGCACCACAGUACAAACCAAGACCUUCUCUUCCUCCUCUUCCUCGUCCAAGAAAAUGGGCAGCAUCUUUGACCGAGAAGACCAGGCCAGUCCACGGCCUGGCAGUCUGGCAGCCCUCGAGAAACGCCAGGCAGAGAAAAAGAAAGAGCUGAUGAAAGCACAGAGCCUGCCCAAGACUUCAGCAUCCCAGGCACGCAAGGCCAUGAUUGAGAAGCUAGAGAAAGAAGGCUCUGCAGGAAGCCCGGGAGGACCCCGCCCAGCCGUACAACGCUCCACCAGCUUUGGCGUCCCCAACGCCAACAGCAUCAAGCAGAUGUUGUUGGACUGGUGCCGGGCCAAGACCCGUGGCUACGAGCAUGUGGACAUCCAGAACUUCUCCUCCAGCUGGAGUGAUGGAAUGGCCUUCUGCGCCCUGGUGCACAACUUCUUCCCGGAGGCCUUUGACUAUGGGCAGCUGAGCCCGCAGAACCGUCGCCAGAACUUCGAAGUCGCCUUCUCCUCUGCUGAGACUCAUGCGGACUGCCCGCAGCUCCUGGACACCGAGGACAUGGUGCGGCUGCGAGAGCCUGACUGGAAGUGCGUGUACACGUACAUCCAGGAGUUCUACCGCUGUCUGGUCCAGAAGGGACUGGUAAAAACCAAAAAGCCCUAGCCCCUGCUCGGGGCCCCACGGAUGUUGGUGGACUGUGUACCCUUGGUGGAGGUGGAGGACAUGAUGAUCAUGGGCAAGAAGCCAGACCCCAAGUGCGUCUUCACCUACGUGCAGUCGCUCUACAACCACCUGCGGCGCCACGAGCUGCGCCUGCGCGGCAAGAACGUCUAGGGCCCGCGGCGCGCGCGGCCCUCACCCGCCACUCACCGCCCCGCUCCCAGUGCGCCUGCCCACCGCCUCCCCGACUCGCUACACCCCCCUACACACGCAGCGUUUUGAUAAAUUAUUGGUUUUCAACGA